AUGUCCCAAAUUAUUUUCACACAAUCUGAAGAGAUUGUGGAUGAACACCCUCAAUUGCAUACUCCUUCAUGGGUCGAAGAAACUUAUUUGGAGACACAAUAUGAGAUGGGCGAGGAAAAUAUCGACGACGAAGCCAUUUUGGAGUUCGAAGCGGAUGGAAUUGAAUGGGAUGGCGAUCACGAAUAUUUCUUCCCAGAGGCGGAAGACUUUCAAGAGAGCGUCUUUGUGCGAGACCCGGAGGUCAACGAUGCAUCAUCGCCAUAUUUUAUACUUCGUAGAUUUUUAACAGAAGAAAUAAUUCAAGAAAUAAUUUAUCAAACCAACCUCUAUGCCAGGCAGACAAAUAUUCCCAAGUGGACAAAUUUAUCAGUUCAGGAGUUCUGGGUUUUUUUCGCACUUAAUAUUCUAAUGGGAGUCGUUCGAAAACCAACGCUUCAGGAUUAUUGGAGCACUAACUCGUUGAUUGCAACGUAUUCGUUUGGCGACUCCAUGAGUAGAGAUAGGUUUUUACAAAUUCUGCGUGCCCUUCAUUUUGUGAAUCUGGAAGACCCUGAAUUGAAUCAGACAGACAGGUUUCACAAGCUUGGAUCAAUUUUGUCAAGAAUUUUGGCCAAUUUUAAGAAUUUUGUGAAUCCUGGAGAAUUUUUAACACUGGAUGAAGAGUUGAUGCCAUACAAAGGAAGUCUGAGCAUCCGGCAGUACAAUUCAAAGAAAAGAGGGAGGUUUGGCAUCGAAUCAUUUUUUCUCAUGGAUUCACAACAUCGCUAUGUAUUGGACAUUAUUCCAUAUCAAGGGAAGGCCACUACAAUUCAUGAUCGGUCUUGGAUUACAAAAUAUGGCUUUGGAGGUGCCAUCGCUCUGACUUUCUUACAAAAAGCAUACUUUGGAAAAAAUCAUCGCCUUAUCCUUGACAAUUAUUUUCAGUCCCCUACUUUGGCAAAAGUUUUAGUUAGGAAGCGUGUAUUCGUAUUAGGCACUGUCCGGAGGACUAGAAAAUUCAUGCCAAAAUUUAAUGAUCCCGUAACAAAAAAGCCAACAACUUUAAAAUCUGGAGAAAUCGAAACAUUCUCGGAUGGGGAUCUCUUACUCGAAAGGUGGGGAGAUCGAAGAGAGGUUAUGAUGUUAAAUACUUUCAUAGAACAUCGAAUGGAAGAAUGUCAAAGAAACCCUGCAAACCAAAGGUUCAAGCCAGCAAGUGUCCUUGUGUAUAAUAAAACGAUGGGAUCUGUGGAUAAUAUGGACGCCAUCAUUCGACCAUAUCAGACUCUGAGGAAGACAAAGAAAUGGUAUCGUAAAUACGCAUUUCAUCUUCUCGAUAUUUGCAUCUACAACUCUUUUGUAAUUGCUGGCCACUUCAAUUCUCAAAUAACGAAAAACGGUUACAAGGCAUAUCUUCUCAGUUUAGUGAACAGUAUGCUUGAUGAGAAUCAACUUGAACGAAGUACCAAAGGACGUCGUCCCAAGUGCCCCAACGCUCAAAAAAGCCAAAUCGAGUCCACAUUAUCCUCAAACUCUUCAAGAUGA